AUGCCUAAAGAGAUUGUUACGGAUCGUGGCCCCGCUUUGAUGAAUGUGGUUGCAAAGGUAUUUCCUUCUUCCGAUGCAUUACUUUGUCAAUAUCACAUAUCUUGUAAUGUGAGAAGUAAGGUUAAACUCGUUGUGGGAACGAAACAAGUAGAGACCGAAGGUGGGAAACCGGUGAUGCCCGGAGUGGUUGUUGACCAAAUAAUGGAUCCAUGGGCUCGUAUUGCAAGUUCGUCGACAAAAGAAUUGUAUGUCGAUGCCGUAUCGCAAUUUCAAAAAAUAUGUGAAAAAUAUCCCGAUUUAUUGAAAUACAUUGAAAGCAUCAUUCUUGACAAAGUGAAGGAGAACAAGGGUGAUUUUUGUCGAGGUUGGGACACCAUAAAUGUCAUGAUUUCGAACCAACAUAACGAGAUACAAACCAUAUCCGGUCGGAGCAUUACAGUCUUCGAGCAUCGAUUUAAGGACAACAUCCUUUACUCUCAAUUGAUCGGCAAUAUGUCUCGGGCCGGAAUGAAUUAUAUCUUUUACGAGGCCAAACACGGCGAAAAUUUUGGUGGCGAUAGCGCAAAGUGUGGUUGCACUAUUACUAUAACGUAUGGUCUCCCGUGUGCUUGUGUUAUUGCUAAAAUGGUGAGAUUAGGUGAGCCAAUAAGAAUGGAUAAAGUCACUCCUCAUUGGAAGAGACUUAGUUUUGAUGAUGAUGGUUGCAUUGAAGAAGAAUCGAAUAUCUCUAUUACUUCUGAAUUGGAGGCGAUACAAGAGAGGAAGAUUGGAUUUCCAGAAACAACCGACAUGAAAUCGCCGUCUCAACCGGUUAAGACAAAGGGUGCUCCGAAGAAAUUGAAGCUUAUGCCGAAUGACAACUAUACUACACGAGAUCCCUCAUAUUGUGAGCACGUCAAUAAACUCUUUCCCGACUCACCUACUCCUAAAUCUCAAAAAAGUUCAAACAAAGAAGCUCGCAUUAGCAAACCGCCUCCUGCACCUAUUGCUCCAAAAAUUUCGACUCCGACACCUAUUGCCACAAAAAUUCUAUCAAUUGAAGAGGUACAUAUUGCUCCCAAAAUUCCAUCAAUGGAAGAGGUGCAUAUUGGUCCAAAAAUUCUAUUCAUCGACGAGAUGCCGGUUUUUAUGCACAAAUACAUCGACCAGAUCGUCAAUAUGGUUGGGGACGGUAACUGCGGAUUUCGGGCCGUAUCGGCUUUGCUUGGUAAGGGAGAGGAUGACCAUAAGCUUUUUUGUCAUGAACUUAUUGAAGAGUUGAUGAACCAUAAAGACUCGUACACGUGA